AGUCAGCGCAGGUGUUUCCGUGCAGUUUCGUGUCGUAGGCUCCCUUCAACGUGACGCAUGGCAACUUCCAACAUGAGUGUAAUUUCACCAUUGUCCAAAGAAGAAUGCCACAAGAUCGUAAAGAGGUACUUGCCAAUAGACAGCUUCGAACUGAAAUCUUUCACACUGUCUCCACUGUGUACCCAAAUCACAGGUUUCAUGGGCGAUCACAUGAAGUUGCAUGUAACGUUGUCACUAGGGGACAAAGACGCCACAGCGAUAGAAUUGCAGUUCUUCGUGAAGUCGUUGCCUCUCAACGUCUACAGGAGGAGUUUCACGAUGUCCACUCUCUCCUACCAGAAGGAGGUGCUGUUCUACGGCGACUUCCUGCGGAAAGUGAAGAAACACCUGCGCUGCGCGGCGCCAGACGCGGCUGCUACGUGCCUGGCCACCGUCCCGCGAUGCUACUACCUGCGGCCUGACUUGCUCGUGCUGGGGGACCUGUCGCUGGCGGGCUUCCGCAUGCUGGACCCCUUGGUGCCACUGAGCCUCCCGCAGUCCGAGUGCGUGCUGAGGGCGCUGGCGCGGCUCCACGCCGCCUCGCUCGUGUUCGAGGAGCGCGAGGGCCGGCGGCUGGCCGACGCCUACCCGCUGCUGCUGGAGGAGACUCUGUUCCGGAAGGAGCCCGCGUUUCCCCCGUACGUCGCGCAGGUCUCCUGCGUCCGCAUGGCGCAUGUUCUUCUGGAUCUCGUCCCUCGCUUCGGGCGCGGCACGCCUCUCAAUGAGCAGUUACACCGUCACCUCGAGCCGGCUAUGCAAGAAAUCUACGAAUUCCUCAGGCCAAGUGAUAAGUAUCGCAAUGUGCUGUGCCACAGAGACCUGUGGAUAAGCAACCUGCUGUUCGCGGAGGACGCCUUGGGCGAGCUGUCAGUAAGGCUGGUGGACUUCCAGACGGUGCACCUGGAGCCUCCAGCACAUGACGUAAUGAUCUUUAUGCACUGGGGCAUGUUGCGCGAUUUGCGGAGGGCGUACGGCAGGGAUCUUCUGGAGCUGUACCACCACACACUGGCCGACGUGCUGCGCCAUCACGACCUCGACAUAGACUCCGUUCUGCCGCUGCAAGUCUUCAUGCAGUCAUGCGUGGAAACACAGCCACUGGCCGUCAUCCUCGCCGUCUACACCCUGCAAGCCACAACGCUGCCAAUAAAAAAGGCUGCCGACCUGGAGUGCUUCCUUCUUAACAGGGCGGCUCUGGUGAGGGCGAUGUACCGGCGGGACGAUCGCUUCCGUAGGAGGGUGACUGAGGCGAUGGAGGAGCUGGUGGAAACCUGCCUGAUGCCUCGUCUAACGUACCACCACCAGCAGCCGCCGCCGAGCAAGAAUGAAAGGGAGCAGUAGCAGUGACCGCCCUGGAGUACUGGAAAACUUUAGUGGACUACAGACGUAUUUCAUACCAAUGACUCGUCAGUUUCUUAUAACAGAAUUACUUCCUCUGAAACGUACAGAAAAAAUACUUGUACAAACGGAAACAACUUACUUUCCUGUACCCGUGGACUUGUAUACACUGCUGCUCUGGUUUUAAUUUCCCAAGAAUGAGUAAAAAUGAUGAAAUUU